CAGACAUGACAGGUCACGCUGGUUUGGUUAACCUGGGAACAGAGGAAGAGAAACAAGAAGCAAACGAACCUAAACAACCCGGUGGCGAGGGAGGGAGCGAAGAAGAUGACUUGUUCGAGAUAAACCUGGAGGCCUUGAGUGAUACGAAGUCGUCUCCCCGGUAUGAAUGUCAGAGAUUUCCAACGAGGACAGGCAGUGUUUUAUUGGCGAACUGUCUAUUGCCGGCUGCGGACAUCUCUGGUGCCGUGCCGGCAACGUCAAAUGCUUGGAGUGAUAGGGUCCGGUUUAGAGGGUUUUUCUAUGUUGAAAAUUUAAGGACUGAGAGUAAGAAGCUUAAUUAUUUUUGAAAAUUUAAGGACUGAGUAAGAACUAAGAUGCUUAAGUAUCUG